AUGCAGACAGAUUUGUUAACACUACGUCAAAUUGCUCAAAACCCAACUCUGGUUACCCAAAAUAUUUAUCUGGAAAAAACAACUGGUACAGAAAAAAUUGUAUUUCGACCAUUAUUACGUAAUGAUAUUAGUGCAUUGCAACAAUUCUUCGACCGUUUAUCAGAGAAAACACGUCGAUUCGCUACUUAUCCUAGCUAUGAUUUGCAAUGUGCACAAAAAUAUUGUGAUGACAUUGAUGGAAAUGAUAUAUUACGAAUGGUAGCCACCACCGAGAAUGGAAAAAUUAUCGCAGUAUACGAGUUCAAUUUCGAUUUAGUAAAAUUUGACAUUGAACGAUAUCACAAGUACGGUAUAGAACUAAAUCAAGACAGUGAUAUUCAAUUCGCACCUUGUAUCAUAGAUGAAUAUCAAAAUCAGCAUCUGGGUACCAAACUUUUUCAUUUGAUGAUUGAUUUAGCUAAACGAUUGGGCAAAAAACGAAUAAUUGCAUGGGCUGGUGUAUUGACUGAAAAUGAACAAGGAAUUCGAUUUUAUGAAAAAAAUAAUUUUCAAAUUUUUCGAGAAAAAUAUGUUGCCGAAGAUGGAUAUGAAUGUUAUGAUGCAAUUUUACAAUUAUCUUAA